CUGAGCAGCGAACUGUUUAUGUCAGGCAUCUUUCACGGCCGCUCUUAACGAGUAGACUGGUAUGUACGCGUCGUCCUUAAGGAACCGGAACGAGUAGUGUGGUCGCAAGAACAUCUGAUUUCGUCCAUUUUCGGUCACCGACAGUUUUAAGGAAGUUCUCCUGCGACGGCAGGCCCCGCAACUACGGCUAAAGUGAGAGCCUCAGCGUGCAGGAUGGCGGAGGUUCCAGGGACGUCGAGUGAGACGAUCACUGAGACUGUCUCCACCAGCACCCCGCCACCGCCCCAACAGGAGGGCAGAAGCCUCACUAUCAAACUGCGGAAGAGAAAGACCGAGAAGAAGGUGGAGUGGUCCAGCGACACGGUGGACAACGAACACCUCGGCAGAAGGUCUUCAAAAUGUUGCUGUGUGUACGAGAAGCCCAAGCAGUUUGGAGAGUCAUCUUCUGAGAGCGAGGGGGACGACGACGACGAGGGCUGCGGCAGCGCACAUUGCAUCCUUGGUCACAGCAGGGGCGGCCACGCACAGACUGGUGGCCACGGCACAACGGGCCCCCAGGGCUCUGGGGGGUCCAACGCCCACUAAUGCCCUAAGACGCUGGGGUCACACCUGACCACGGCAGCGACAUACAUGACACUGCGCUCACUUCUGUUCGGUACGGUUACACUAUGUCACGAGUCCCUUAUGCAGCCACAGAGUUAGGAGCCCCCGUUGCUUCAAAAAGGCGCCACCUAGCUAUCUUACUUUGUUGAGGGGGUGCAGAAGUAAUUGUGUAUAUAAUUGAUUCAAAUUCUCCUUUUUCUUCUGAAAGAUGACCUUAUUUAUUUGCUUGUAAUGAUGCUUUAUUUGGUUAUACCCACCAUGCAGUGGCUAUAGUAUGUGUUGUAACUUUGAAAUGACCGGGUGAGUUGCCGCUCUUUUGGUCGUUUUCUUUUAAAAAGUCCAUGGAAACCCUUUCACUAUUAACUGAGGGAAAUCCGAUACAAACCUGAUGGUCUUACUCUUAAACAGUCAACCUUCUAAAGACUAAAAUAUGUAUGUCUAAAAUAAAAUUUUGACUAGGGAUGCACCGAAAUGAAAAUUCUUGGCCGAGACCGAAAACAGAAAAUGAGGAAACCAAGGCCGAAACACCGAAAGAAAUUAUUAGCAUCAUUUAGGGUUGCCGCGGUAUACGGUAUUACCGGUGCUACCGGUGUUGAAGCCAACAGUUAUUUUUUUAUUAUUUUUUUCCAGUAAUAAAAAUAAAAUAAAAUCAGUCAUCUUUAGGCCUAUUUGAUAAAAAAAAAAAAAGUUUGGCAGUUUGUCUUUGCAAUGUUUUAUUUUUUAUGUGUUUUUACAUUAAAAAAAAAAUAUAUAUACAAACAGAUAAUAGAUAAGCUACCUGAUAAAGUGUUGGAACACACAUAUGACAGGUAACCAUAGCAACGCCGGUAAACAAACCCUGCGAAGCCCAAUCCCUACGAGAGCUCCCCGCGCUACGGCCAUCCGGAGGCGCCCAGUGCAUUUGGCCUUGAUAUUAUAUAUACAAUAAUAUUAUACUAUUAUAUAUAUAGAACGUUAAAAUACGCUGUCACCGAGAAUUGGCGCGCUGUCACCGAGUGUGAGAGGAGAGUUGACGGAGAAGAUGGCGGUUGACCAGGUUCAAAGUUUAUACACGAGUGUAUAAACUUUAAUACACUCGUGUCAAAAGUUGACACGAGUGUAUUACUCGGUGUGAAAAUGUCCACACCGCGGCAACCUAGUACCAUUGCAUUUAUGGCUAUGACUGUGUACUAUAUUCAUUAAAAUCAAGGCAUUGCAAUUUUUGCAAUGCCUUGAUUUUAAUGAAUUUAGAAACUUUCUCAGAAACAUUGAAAAACGUCCACACAGCAGACAUAUUGGCGCUUAUCCAGACAAGCGUGUGCUGGCCGCGCUUUUUGUUGGCGUCAUCACAAAUUUCUGUUUCGGCCGUGUUGUUUCGGUGAUAAAAGUAUUUCGGCCGAAAAUGCGCUUCUGGGCCAUUUUCGGUGGCCGAAAAUUCGGUGCAUCCCUAAUUUUGACUGUACCUAUUGUAGUUAAAGCACCGUAAAAUAUAUUUGAAUCAUUGGUCAAUUUAUCAAAUCUGUAUUAUAUGCUCCCAUUUCCGGCAACUCCAUGUGCCAUGUAAAGUUUGUCUGAGCAAAUAAUAUUUUUUUUCAUUGUCAAAUUAUGUUGCUUUUAAUUCGCAUUUUAGUAGGCAUUUUCCAAUCCUGUGUAGACAAUCUACGGUGUGUAAAGACAGAUAGAGAUGGUUGUCCUAGGUGUCCAGUCUCAUGCCAAGGAGCUCAAUCACCAUGCAGCACUGAGGGAGAUCAAGGUGACUGAUGCCCUUUGCUUUUCCAUGAGACAUUUGAAACAGGACAGAAGAAUGUCAUCAACCAGGGUGUUAUAUUUUGAAGAGGCUGGAACACAUUUGUGCUUUUGUUCCAGCACAACUGUGUAGAUGAGUCAGUAAUACCUUUAAUCUGUUUGUGCUGUUCUAUUUUUAAAGACACUCGCCAAACAUUGCCAUUAAUCGCCCCAGCAUGGUUAUGAAGAAUUCAACAUUGCAGUAUUAAUCUGAAAGCUGUCUAUUGCGCUGGAGGCUGGUGAUUUGUGUGCUUUUAGUGCCGUGUACUUCAGAAAAUAAAUUCAGGAUUGACAAGUGAAUAAACAAGCAGCACUUCUAGGGUUUCAAUUCUUUGUUCUACAAAUUCUAAUGGGAUAAAAACAGCAACGCUUUGGGUGCAUGGCUGCUGGCUAAACCAAUGAAAACAACCCUGUUCAUGUUUGAUAUCUAACCGUGGAUUGCAUAAAUGUCAUACACAUUGUCAUCAAUGAACAUUGUACUUGUAACACAUGUAUAUACCAGAAUAAAAUCUAGAGCGGGUUUAAUGUGAAUAAAGGUUUUGAACUGAAA